AUGGCGCGCUCCAGCAGCGGCGACAAUGCCGACCCACUCCCACCUCCCUGUUGCAGUUCUCUUCUCGGCAUGUUUGCUUGCCCACAUACUGAGGUUGCACUUGCUGCUUUGCUUAAGCUCUGGGAUCAGCGUAUAAUUGGGCCUAAUGGUCGCACUCUGUGUGCUGACACGGUGUUGAAUUGGCUUACUCAAGAUCAAGGUGGUGCUGCACACAGGCUACAGACAUGGAUGACUGUUUCUUCCACCUUUCUGAAUAAGCCCAUUCAUGUAAUGCUUGGGGUAAUGGGUUUAUUCUUUAACCUUGUGGACUACUGUAGACAUCAUGGCCUGCAAGCUGACUUCAUUGGGACUAAAAAGGCUUUGUUCUUGUUGUCCAAGGAACAUAGACAUGGUGUUGAUAAUACAUCAGUUCAUCAUAUUGAGAGGCCUUCACCAAUUGAUUUCUGCGUGCCUCGGGACCGGGGAGGCGAUGGCACGGUGCUGGGCGACCUACUGGAGAACUGUGUCACGGAGGUGCUGCUCAGGCUGGACCCGCUGGAGAUCUGCCAGAUGGCGCGACUCAGCCGCAUGUUCCGCGGCGCCACAUCCGGGGACGGUGUCUGGGAGUCCAAGCUACUGACGAACUACGCGCGCCUCCUCGCCGUCGCUGAGGCCGGCGAUGGGGAAGCGGGGCAGGCCACCGGGUCUGCGCCGGAGGCGGAGCCGCUGCCCAAGAAGGAACUGUACGCGCGACUUUGCCGUCGGAACCGUUUCGACGGCGGCAAAAAGGAGUUCUGGCUGGACAAGGGUGGCGGAGGUCUAUGUAUGUCAAUUUCUUCAAGGGCGCUUUCAAUAACAGGCAUUGAUGAUAGGAGGUAUUGGAACUUCAUUCCCAGUGAUGAAUCAAGAUUCCGCACGGUUGCGUACCUCUCGCAAAUCUGGUGGUUUGAAGUCAGAGGGGAGGUUGAAUUCUUCUUCCCGAAAAGUACGUACAACCUAUUCUACCGCAUUCAUCUCGGCCGACCAUUCAAGCGGAACCAGAGGAGUUCAGGGAGAGAUCACCAAGUUGCACAUAGGUGUCCAUGGGCAAACACCCACUCACAAUAAUUAAGUCAAGAUACCUUACUGAGUGUAGUAAUCCUUUG